AGUUGAGCUGCAAGGAUUAAAGUUCCAAAUUUUAAAUCUACGUAAAAUCAAGUUAAUAAUUUUAUCUUAUCAAUUUAGUCGGUCGCGUUUUGUUUUUACUGUUUUAAAUGGAAAAUAUAAAUAAAACAAUGAAAGAGGAAAAAAGACUGGAAGACGCUCCACAUUUCACCGAAGAUGAAAUAAUGCUCCUAUUGAAUCUCCUGACAAAGUAUGGACAAUUAAUUGAACAAAAAUCGGUUGACUCAAAUAGUCAUAGGCAAAAGCAAAAAGCUUGGACGGAUCUAUCAUACGAGUUUAAUGUCACCACCAAAGGUAGUAUUCGUUCAUUAGGUGACUUGCAAAUUUGUUACAGGCAUUUAAAAAAGGUAGCCCAAAGAUCUGCGAAGAGUUCCUCCAAAAAACGUGCCCACAGUCCGGAUUUGAGACGUGAAAACAAUGAUCCUUAUCAAGAGCUUAUUUCGGGUAUAGUCGAAAAGGAAUAUGUAAAACUUAACCUUAGCUGGCCCAAAGAAACGAAAGACGAUGUAUGUAAUAGAAAGGUAAGGAGGUUAGUCAGGUCAACCUUUAAUGACUGCUUCAACCUGUUUUAUGAUAAUACUGUUGCUGAAAGUCCCAUCUUAAGUAAAGUUCUUAAUCAUAGAAUUGUUGAAAGCCAUAACUUGCAUAAAGAAGAUAAUCCGGAAAGCGGUAAUAUACGAAAAGUAAAAUAUUUUGUUGGGGCUGCCCUUAACGAUUGCUAUAAAGUGUUUGAAGAGUCUGCACAAAAUAAUCCAACAGAAGAGAAAACAACUGGUCCUGAAGCUGAACCCUCUUUAAAAAAUGUUUCUGAUGCUCAAUUGAACCAAUUUAUUUCAGAAUUGAUAGCUGCUGAAAAGUUUGAAGCAAUAUUGGCUCAAAGGAAGGUUAUAAAACUGCAGUUAACGGAUGAGAAGGAAAGAUUGGAACAUAACCGUAUUAUGAGGCUAAUGGAAAUGAAAGAGAAAGAUGAAAAAUACAAUCAUCAACGUCUUAUGUUUAAGCUCGAAGCUGAAGAUGCACAGAAAAAGUACGAGCAUAACGAAAUGCUAAGAAAGAUGCAGUUGGAAAAGCAUAACAAAUAAGUUUAGACAAUUAAUAUUUAAAUUAUUGCAGACUGUAUUCUUGUAUUGACAGGUGAUGUUCAAUUUCACUAAUAAAGCAAACUUUUCAUGUUUAUUAACUA